AAACACAUAAAUUAUUUUAUUUUGAAUACACAAGGUAUAAAACAAUUUUUAAAAUAUUUUAUCAAAUAGCUUAUUCAUUUGUAUACUUCACUCUGACUGGAAUAUACAUUUGCGGGCCUUUUUGGACACUUAUGAAUUAUGUUGACCUUGGUUUAAGAAAAAUAACAUUGAAUAAUAGCAAUUCAGACUUUAGUAGACAUAAUACGUCGAUUGGCUUGAAUUAUAUAUGGAAAACAAUUGAAUAUUUUAUUUGACAGUCCUGUUGUGGAAUUAAUGAUAUGCCUCAGGUUGGGCUAGGAGUAUAACUACUAAACAACUGCAAUUGGCCUUUGGCUAAACAGUAAACAAUGUAUAUGUCUGUGAGAAAGCAGAAAACUAAUCAAACAAAUUUAUGUGCGUUCUCAGAGCAUCGUGUUAGGUGCAAAACGCACAGGGGUAUGCAAAGGACUCUAACUGAAAGCACUUAAGCCCAUAAAAUAUUCAAGCCGUGAACAUGUGGAAAAAAUUACGAAAGCAACCAAGCAAAGAACACAAAAUGCAGGCACGCAAAAAAAAAAACGCAGUAUAAAAGAAUGGAAUGGAUGAGUGGACAUAACAGACAUUACAGAGACGAACAAGGAUAUGGAGCCUGAGGCCCGAAGUCAGCCACGCAAUUUGCCAUUUCGGGCAGUAUGGAAAGGUCUCGGGACCCCGGUGAAAGGCAGCCAGCCACUGAUUGAAUAGCGAGUAAAGGGCAAGAAGUUAGCCGGGCAAUGGAGGGAAUGAUGAGCUCCAUAAAUGUCGUACGGCAAGCGGAAGCGGAAGAAACUGGCGCCGCUACUGGGACUGGCAGCAUUGUGCAGCGGAAGUGGUAAAAGCAAAGGGCCCAGUGUCCCAAGCCUGCUCCCAUUUGUACGUAAGCACAGUGCCAUCGACAUCCUUGUCAUUUCUGAUUUUUCUCGAUACACGCACACUAACACACGGACACAUAGAAUCACAUACAGAUGCUUUCCCAAACCAGAAAUGAAUACUAUUGAGUUGUACAAUUAAAUUUUGUAGAGAUCAAAGUUGCAAAUGUCUUUUAAAAAAGAACAGAUUGCGAAAAACCUUAUGCAUACUUUUUUAUAACCUCAUGAAGCAGUUAAGGAAUAAGAUGGCAACGCGUUCUUGCGGUAUUAUUAAAAGCGCGAUGAGGAUAUUAAACAUGUCCUUAAGCAUAAAAUGUCAAUAAACGCAACGGGCCGAAGCUAAGCAGUUUACAUUGGCUGCACGUCGGCGACAAGGCGCCAGCUCCACACACUCGAGAUGUGCAUCUUUUGCAUCGUUUUUUAUACCAUAUACCCAUUGUAAAUUGCUCGAAUGGGUAGCAUGUUCCUGUCCAUAUGUAUGUACGCGACUCAGACACUAACAAUAAGAGUUAGAUGCAUGAAAUUCAUAAGUUCCAGUUUAUUUUUAAUGAUUGAUAAUUUCUUUGGAUAAUUUUGAGCACAUGUUCAAAAACACUAGAUAUGAAGGUCCGAAUGUAUUUGCCGGCAGCUGGGCAUUGGCCACAGGGAAUCUGCUUAUCGAGCAAUGCCGACUAGUCCACGCUUUUUUGUACUUUUCCAAUUUUUUGUUGUUCUCCUUGGGUAUGCUUGAAUUACGUUACUUGUGCCACUCGCUUAGUGUAAGAAACUGAAGUGCAGUUCAGGCAAGACUCUGCACAUGAAAAUGUCACAUGGAUGGCACUAGCAGAUGGCAGAAAAAAAAUUGAGUUAGUGAUAACAUGGCUCCUUGAGUCUUAUAGCUCUUAAAGUAUCACAAAUAUGCAGAUUUGAUGGGGUAAGUGGGCUAAAAUAUUCCUAAAAUGGCUCACAUAGAUAUAUGUAUAGACAUACUCAUCUUGGGAAGAAGAAAUCAGACUCAUUGUUAUCAUGUGAGAUGGUGUUGGUAGCCCAAACAAUUGAGUAUAGACCUUAUCAGCCGACAUACAUACUCAUAAAUGCUUUUACGCGUAUUCAUUUAACUCUACGAAUUUGGAAAUCCAUUUUAUCAAUUGUUUUUGGCUCUUAUCAAUGGCGACGAAAAAAAAAAAAAACAAAAUUGUAUGUUACAAGUUACGAGUAAUUAGUUCUUGAGACUGCUUCUUCGUGUGGGACGCAGUGAAUAUUCACAACUCAACGCUCAGUUCUAUUGGCAAUACCGAAUGAAAUAGUGGCAGCGGUAUGAGAGUUUCCAGCCGGUGGUUACACGCCAUCGUUUUGGCUGUCCCUCUAUGGCAAACGUGCGGACUUGCAAUGAACCAAAUUUGCAGCUACUGGCCCGGUAGUGGCUACAUAGGUGAUCCGAGCGACUGCCACAGCUGGGGAUACUGCAAAAAUAAUAAGCUAUCGGCUCGAGGAGAAUGCCCCAAUGGCUUGUUUUACGAUGCCCAAUCAGGCACAUGCCAGCAGGCGCAUCUGGUGCGUUGUGCACCUCAGUAUUGGGAACUUUGCGCCCAGAGACGGAGAGGAGAGUAUGUUUCUGACCCGUUGGAUUGCAGUAAAUACAAACGAUGUGAUGACGAGGGUGGCAAAAUUGAAGAGAAUUAUUGCGCCGGCGGGUAUGUGUUUAGCAACAGGCUGCAGAAAUGUGUUUUAAGUGCAAACGGAUGUGCAGAGGAGACUCUUUCCAUAUGCGGCUAUAUGCAGAAUGGUACGACCCUGGGCGACCCCUUGAACUGUGGCCUUUACUUGGAGUGUCAAAGUGGAACAGGCAUUCGGCGAGCCUGUACAGCUGCUCGUUACUACAACUACAACAGCGGGCGCUGCCAGACAACACGUCCAAAACAUUGUCCCAGCAACGAGAAUAGCUAUAAGCCUGCCAAUUAUCCGCCUCCUGCUAUGGAUGUCUCCGUUUGUACUGACUUCUAUCAGGAUGACUAUUCAGGAAUUCAACUUAUUACAGAUGCCCAGACUUGCCAUGGUUAUUACACGUGCGGCUCCAAAUAUGUCCUCGGAAUUUGGCACAGCUGUCCACACGGGACUCACUUCCAAUGGUGGAGUCAAAAGUGUGUUACCCCCGAGUCCUACAGCUGUCCGUACGAUCGGUGUGGUAAUCUCAAUUCGUCCCUAGUCGCUAGUAUAAACUCAGGUUGCUCCGAAUAUAUAUACUGUCAAGAUCAGACAUCUCAGCAAAUGGGUAAAUGCCCGGAAGAUUUACCAUACUUUGACGAAAAGAGAGGCGCUUGCAUUAGGGAGUUUCCAAACUAUACUGUAUGCUUUAUGGAUGGUUGAUAUUCGAUGGAUAGCUUAAUUAAAUUUAGGUUAGAUUUAUGAGUACCUACUAAUUGUAAAUC